CUCAGUGUAUAAGCUGAAAUAUUUCCGAUGGUCUGACAUAUUGUACUGCUGAAUCCAUCUCCUCUGAAUAGGCCUUUAGUCAAAAUACCAAACGACUAUGUGUGAGUGAGAUCUUUGCCGACGUGCUAGGCAUGAAGCAUGCUAACAGGAAUCGACUCGUCCACUUCGAUCCAGACCAGAGCAGCGAACGGGUGUAAGUUGGAAGAGCUCCCGAAUUGUGUCACCGAACCAACUCAACAGUUUUGGCGCAGCCGAAAGGAAAAUGAUGAAUGACGAUGGAAGAUUCGGUAUGUCGUUGGGAGCUUUCAACGACAAAGUGGAUGCCCAAGACUUACGUCGUGAAUGGGAGGAGUGGCAUCGUGCUUUCGAGCUGAUUCUCCAGAUGCGAAAAAUCGAAUCCCAACCCGAAAAGCUUGUGACAAUGUUGACGAUUGGAGGACGUGGACUGCAGCGAAUCUUCUAUAAUUUGCGCCCCGUGGCGGACGAAAUUAUUCCAGAACCUGUAAAGGUGCCCCUGAUGCCACCCGAAGUCCCGGAAUAUGACAACGCGGUAAAACGGCUUGAGAAGUUCUUCGUAGGCAAGCGCAACGAACGGGUGGAGCUAGAAGUUUUCCGCUCACUCAAACAAUCCAGUGAGGAGUCCUUCAACAAUUUCGUCCUCAGACUGCGAGCCCAGGCAGCGAGGUGUGAGUUUUCGGAUCGCGAAGAGACAGAACUCCUGCAGCAGAUAACAAUGGGCGCACGUGACGAGAAGGUGAGAGACAAAGGCUUGGAGAAUGUCAUGAGCUUGGACGAAGUCAUUACCUAUGCCAUGAACCGCGAGAUUCUCUUGAAACAAAGAGAAAAGCAAAAACCAUUCUGUAGCGAAGCAGAGUUGCACAGCGUAAGCUCAUACCGACCCCGAGAACGAAAUCGAAGUCCAAGGCGAAACACAGGAAGUUACCAGCGAUCUGAACGGCAGCCAAUGGGUAGGCGGGCACGGCCAGGUGAUGGUCGUUUUAGGACAGAAUGUCAUCGAUGCGGUUCGCUCCGGCACUCCGGAGACUCACGUGAGUGUUCUGCCCGCGAAGCAAGUUGUAACAACUGCGGGCAACGAGGCCACUAUGCAAGGAAGUGCGGAAAUCGUCGAACUCAGCGUGGGAAUCGCCCAUCGAGACGUGAGGUGAAGCGCGAGGACAGGCGUGGAUUGGAGCGACACGGAUUCACUGAAACGAACUCGGUAAACGCAUCCGAAUCCUUGGAACACGAUGGUCCUCGUCGAUCGGCUACCGACAGCAUCGCUAAGGUGGAGUAACUUUGAACGUUUUUUUUACUUUUGUUUUAUGAAUUCUAAUGGACAUAAGACUUAUUGAACUCGACGACGUUUUUGAUAAAUCGCAAUAAAACAUAUUUGAAUAAAACAUACUUCUUUCAAAUUAGGUGGAAACGAGUACCCUGAAUAAUGAAUCCAUAGUAUGCAACAUCGAUAAAAUUCCGGUGAAUUUUGUUAUUGAUUCAGGAUCCUCUAUCAACGCAGUUAC